AUGAAAUCCGGGUCGGGCAGCGCCGGGAAAGAGUGGGGGUCGGGCUUUACCUCCGGCGGGGAGUCGGCCGCCAUGAAUUUGGUGAGGAGGUCGUCGACGGAGAAAUCGGAUUCGAAAUCGGGGUACCUGGGCCGCUUUUUGAGGUUGGAAAAGGACGUUAUCGGGUCCGGGUCCUGUGCGAAGGAGAUUGAGAAAGGGAACGGAAAGGACGAGAUUUCCAUGGAAAAGGGUUCGAUUCAAAAGGGGGAAAAUUUUAAAGAAAUUGAGUUUGAUUUGGAGGAUUUUAAGGAGAAAUGUGAAAAGACGAGAGCUUGGAGUGAAAUGAGAGAUUGUAAGGACGCGGUUGAGGACGCGUUUGGGGAGGAAGGUUCGAGGGAGAUGGUUUUUGACGGGUGGGUUCCCUGGUUU